CUUCACCUAUCAAACCUCUCCCCAGGCAAUGACAGGCCCAGCAAUCCGGACGGGAAAGGUUGGUCAGGGGGUACCAGAGGACCGUUGGAACUAAUGACCUGUAAUCGUCCAGAAAUGGUAGUCUCUCGAACAUGGGUUGGAAUUGGAGCAUUAAUUUUACUCGGAGUAGAUAUGAUGCUGACUACAUCGCGAGGCACUUUUUGUUUUGCCUUGCCUUGGCCAUUUCCCUUUCCUUCCCCCCCUGGUCGUCGUGGGCUGAGAAUAUCAACCGAGAGGAUCCAACGCUACCAGUAUGUACAACUUUACAAGUCACUCUUUCUUUACAGUUUUGAACUGAGUGAUAGUGGGACAUUUCACUCCUAUUCACUUUCAUUGACUCCACCUAGACCAUUAAGCAAGUAGUAGAUACAAAAACCAACACAUCCACACCGCUUCUCACAAGAAAAACAAAACCUUAAUACGGAGUACUCUGAUAAUUAAUGCCCCGUUUAACAUAAAUUAGGCCCCUAAAACCAUCCACUCCAAUGAGAAAGAUAGCACCG